AUGUACAACACAAGUUCCGAUAUUUGGGUUGCAGGCGCAUUUGCUGCAGUUGUAGUCGAUUUUGUCGUCUACCCCUUCGACACACUCAAGACCCGUGUCCAAUCCCCAAACUAUGAGAAGGUCUUCAAAGAUGUGCGCACAGGAGCAGUGCAGCGCAGUGUACUCUUCCGAGGAUUGUACCAAGGUGUCUGGAGUGUGGUUUUCUCUACCAUUCCAUCUUCCGGCGCAUUCUUUACCACCUACGAAGCUGUGAAGAGCAUCAUGCACAAUUCCUCAGCAAUAAGGCCUACGAGUGUGAAAAGUGGCACAAUAACCUCCCCAGAGAGUUCUCUGAACAGUCUACGCUUGCCCUUCACACAUUCCCUUCCAACUCCCAUUAUGCAUGGAAUUGCCUCUUCGGUCGGGGAGAUGGUAUCAUGCCUCAUGCUCACCCCGGCAGAGGUACUAAAACAAAAUGCGCAGAUGAUCCAAGGUUCUCAAACAAACAAAUCUGCCAUGCGACAGGUCCUUUUGCGAUUUCGACGUCAUCCUUGGCGCCUAUGGAGUGGGUAUACGGCGCUCGUUGGUCGAAAUCUCCCAACAACAGCUUUACAAUUCCCGCUCUUUGAGUAUGUGAGAUCACACUUAGUUGACCGGCGGAGACAACGAAAAGCUGCCCGCAGCAACACCGGCCGACCACCAUCGGAAAUGUCAGAGCAAUUAGUCGAACGAGCCGGCUUGACGGGUAUAGCCGCGGCAUUUUCAGGCACAGUUGCAGCGACGGUGACUGCUCCAAUUGAUGUGAUCAAGACCCGCGUCAUGCUAUCAGCAAAUGAUCCCAGCACUAGUUCCCAAGAUCAAAGUACUCGGGCUGGUGCCCGUGGCAGUGAAGGGGUAUCUUCAGGGGCGCGCACAAAGAUCAAACCUAGAAAGUCUCUAAUUUCUGUCGGUCGUGAUAUCAUACGUCAUGAGGGCAUCCGUGGCUUGUUCAAGGGUGGUCUGAUACGUGCUGGAUGGACGGCGGUUGCAUUGGGCUUGUAUCUCAGUUUGUAUGAAGGGGGGCGGUUUCACCUUGAGAAUCGGCGAAAGGAGCGGGACCGCAUCUCUGGAAAACUUGAGGAGCAAGCUCAUGAGAGCAACAAAGGGAUCUAA